GCUUGUGACGCAACCACACACAACCAGGCAAUCAUGACCGCCAUGCACCUCAUGAACAGUAGGGUCAUAGCUCUGGUACGUGGAGUCCCCAAGAGCUUCGCCAAGGCCGUGAUGGAUGAACAGUCUGCCGCGGCGCUUGGGGGCAAGGCCAUCGACUGGGCUCUCGCCUCCAAGCAACACGCCGGCUACGUGGACGCGCUGUCGAAGAUCGUCGAUUCCGUCCAGACGCUCCCUGCGUUGGAGGCCCACCCAGACUGCCCGUUCGUUGAGGACACUGUCGUGUACGCGAGGGGCAUCGCGGUGACGCUCCGACAGGGGCACGAUUCCAGAAUAGGAGAGGUCGAUGCCGUUAGGGAGGCCUUAGCGACUAAUCCCGCCCUGAAGUGUAUCAAGACGGUGCACAUGGAGGACCCGGACGCACGUUGCGACGGAGGGGAUGUUCUGUUCACGGGACGCCACAUGUUCGUCGGGAUAUCGGAGCGAACAAACAAAGCGGGGGCUGCCACGCUUGCCAAGGCGUUCGGCCCCUCUCUCCCAGUUAUCCCGGUGCCAGUGACGGGCGCGCUCCACUUGAAGUCGUUGGUGUCCCUGCUCAGACCACGGGUCCUACUGUUCGCGAGGAACGACGCUGGGCAAGAGGCGGUUGCAAGCAUGGCGUCGGACGUUGGAGAGACAGCUUAUAAAGCCAUUGGAGUCCCUGAUCAGCCUAGCGCGAACGUGGUGUCCGUGAUCCACAAGGGGCAGUGGCGGGGGGCGCUGAUCCAGGGCGGGCGGUGCGAAGAGAGCCGCUGGCUUAUCCGCAAGUGCUUCACGGAGAAAGAGCAGGCGAAGGUGUUGGAGAUUGACUACUCGGAGAUGAUCAAGCCAGACGCGGCCUUGACGUGCUGCUCGGUGCUGCUGGGAGGGCAGCCGGCGUGAUUAGUACACGGUGAUGGUUCUAGUUGAUAGCAGGCAGGCGAAGGUGCUGUUGGAAGCAGCAGCAAUAACAUCAACGGCGGCUAUCGUUACGCGGCACCAUUGUACUGUGUCCUCGAUAGCUACUUACUUCCACGUGUACUAGCAGUUUUUGGCGUAGAGAUUAAUGUAUAAAGGUGUAGCAAUCAAUCUGAAGUAGCUUUUGAUUUAGUAGAAGAAGACCGUAUGGUCGUGUGGCGCAUCUCAGCUUAUAUCCACCCAGGGCGCACUGGGCGCUGCCGUGGUCGACGUUGAUGCUUUCGAAAUACGGGGAGAGGCGGGGUGGUCGCAAAGAGGACACAGGCCCUGGGGAAUCCCCGUUCAUCACCACGUAUCUCCGGGUGGCGGUUUCAGCUCAAGGGGGAGCCGAUGCGGGCACGCCCAUCCCGAUAUUUGAGCGUUUUUCGAUCCAAAACGAUGGUAUUAUUACUCUCUUACACCCACGAUAUUCCCAAGUGAACAGAGGUGUCGAAGACACGAGGCACGUGGCGAUGGCGUUGAGUAGUCCCGCAGGCUGUAAUAUUGGUUUCGACCAAUUGCCCCCGGCCAGGAUCAAGGCCCGGGUUGUGAGUGGGAUCGAUUGAUCAAUAUGUAACGACAACGAGACAACAACACGCAGGCACUGUUGCGCAGGAUUAAUGCAGGAGGCGGCGGGAGUCCUGCGCGGUGAACUCGACAGCACAUACACAGCUUGUGAUGGUCGACGACACGUUGGAAGAGGCUGGGAAUGGUACUGUUCAAGUCUACAUGGCGUGGGCAAACAUGGCAAGCUGCUCCUUGUGCUCCUGUUUCUGUAUCUUGCCACUGGUAAGAGGCUUCAUCUGUCCAGAAGCGUCUUGGGCGGCGGCAACAGAAGACAACCUGUGUGCAGUAGUCGUGCUUUAGGCCACAUUUCACUCAAGCUCGUCACGUUGUCCAACAAGCAGCAGCAUAGCACACAACUCCUGGAGGCCAGGGUACUCGUAACCGUUGCCUUUCCGUGGCUGAGCUACCGGGAAGACCAGACCGUGAUUUCUGCUUCGAAUAUGAACCAUGUAGCCGGUGGCCAUAUAUCGAUAGUUUCGU